AGAAGAAGAUGAGAAGGAUAAAGGGCGAGGUAUUCACUGCAUUGUAUUAAACCAGGCCACUGGCAGCAUCAUGGCGCAGAAAGUCUUUGAUACCUACAUAGGACACGAGGACGAGGCUAUGGUGUUAUUCCUCAAUAUGGUUUCAGAUGGGCGCAUCAUCAUCCUAGCAAUUAAGGAUGAAGGUACCUUUCAGAUGAAGGAGCAGACGAAACAGAUGCUGAAGAACCUAGGGAGUGUGAAGUCUUUUGAUCUAGGAUGGAGAGAUACAUGGGCCUUUAUCACACAGAAGAAAAAUAGACAUGGCCAGGCAUUUGCAGAGCAGCUUCACAAAGCACCAGACCUGUCUAGCUGGGGGUCACCGGUCGUACUCAAAGCCACCGUACCUCUCUCAUCAAAGGAAGAGAGUGAGUGCCAGUGGCCGGAGACGGAGGCCAAUGCGCGGAGGAGGGAGUUCUGUGCCAAGGUGGAGGGGUAUGGGAGUCUAUGUAGCUGUGAGGACCCCGCCCCCAUUGAAAUGCAUCCUGAACAGUUUGCCAAUAAUCGUGUCUUCAAUGUGCCUGUUGUAAUCAUAGCAAGUAAUAGACCCAACUAUCUCUAUCGAAUGCUCAGCACACUCCUAUCAGCGCAUGGAGUAAAUCCUGAGAUGAUAGUGGUCUUCAUUGAUGGCUACUUCGAGGAGCCUCUGGAAGUGGUCAAACUCUUUGGUUUGAAAGGAAUACAACAUACCCCCUUAGGGGUCAAGAAUGCCAGGAUAUCACAGCACUACAAGGCCAGCUUGACCGCUACAUUCAAUAUGUUUCCUAGGGCGCAGUAUGCGAUAAUCUUGGAAGAAGAUCUGGAUGUCUCGGAAGAUUUCUUCAGUUAUUUCAGCCAAACUCUCCCCAUCUUGGAGGAAGAUAGCACGGUACUGUGUAUAUCAGCGUGGAACGACCAGGGGUACGAGCAUACAAGCAAUGACCCCUCCCUGCUCUACAGGAUAGAGACCAUGCCAGGCCUUGGCUGGAUGCUAAGAAGAAGUCUCUAUAAAAAUGAACUGGAACCCAAGUGGCCCACCCCAGAAAAGCUUUGGGAUUGGGAUAUGUGGUUACGGCUACCAGAGAACAUGCAAGGCAGGGAGUGCAUUAUACCGGAUGUGUCAAGGACGUAUCACUUUGGGGCAAAAGGAGUCAAUAUGAACAGCUAUUUCCAGGAUCUUUAUUUCAAAAAGCGAGCCUUCAACACGGCACCUCACGCCAAGCUGAAGGACGUGGAUAAGAUGGUCCAAGAAGAGUACGAGAAGGAGAUGCACCGUCAGAUCAGUCAGGCCAAAGUCCUUGAUCACAGGUUAUCACCGUGCGACGAGGCCUUCAUCCCCGAUACGCCCAAUGGCGGGGAGACCUACGUCAUGUAUAUACGUGUCUAUAAUGACAGAGACUUUGAUACCUGGUUGUCAACAGCUAAGUGCUUCCAUAUAUGGGACCUAGAUGCCCGCGGUUUCCACAAGGCAAUGUGGAGAUUAUUUAUGAAGAAGAACCAUGUAUUCAUUGUUGGAGUGCCUGCCUCGCCUUAUUCAAAAUACAAGCCAACAGACGUAGAACCAAUCUAUAUUGAACAGAAGAAGGAAGGAAAGAUUCGAUGACCUAUGAUGGAGAGAAAGUAAAACUUCUCCGCUCUUCUGUCAUUCCAUCCUCUGCCAAGGCGAUAGUACCAUUUAUUAAGAGUUUGAAAAGUGAUAGAGGGAGAGAGAGGGAGAGAGAGAGAGAAAGAGGAUAACAUAACUUAUAGACAUUGUGAGAGGGAAAGAGAGCGAGUGGGGGUGGGGGGCAGGUAGAGAGAGAGAGAGAGAGACUAGAGUGAAGGAAGAGAGUGGGAGUGAGAGAAUGGGAAUGAGGGAGAGAGAGAGAAGAAAGAAAGAGCAGGGCUCCGUAACACAAAGGUUUGCAAUCAAUCGCUGAAUACCAAUGACCAAUCAAGAUCAUCGUUGCAUGCGCACUCAGUUUAAAAUACUAAACGGGAACCAAUCAGUGCGUUUUUUUUUCAUAUUUGCAAUUAAUCGCAAACCUUUGUGUUACGGAGCCCUGGAGUGAAAAAAGAAAGAGAGAGUGAGAAAAAAGUGGAGAGAAAGAGGAAGAGAGUAUUCACAUGAGCAGAAUAAAAACAUAUUUAUAUGAUGGUACAUGUAUUUAUCUAUUUGUAUAAUUUGAAUUUUCACACGUUGCCUUGGAUUAUACACAGAUGUAUAAUAAUACACAAAUGUAUGUCACAAAUACUUUUUUUAAUCAUUGUUAAUUAUGUCAUUGUUGAUUGUGUCAUAAUGUGCAAGUAUUGAUGAGAUGUGAAUGAAUCAACGUAUGAAUAACGGAUUUACCCAUAAAAUGCAUUUUACCAAUAUACAACCCCAGAAUGGUUUCAAAUACAUGUACAUGUAUAUCCUACCUUUUUACAAUAAUGUUUAUUUAAGACUUAAACUUAUAUAUAGUCCAUAUGUGAUUCAGCCCUGUCCGUUAAAUACUAAAGUUAUGAAGUUAUGGGAAAAUAAAUCAUGGUAGAUCCACUUCGACAACUGAUUAAUUAUUCAAUUGCCAAAAGAGAUUAAAAAAAAAAAAUUGAAUUUUCAUGUCAGAUGAACCCUGGCAAAUAAAAUAGAAUUCACCAAUUAAACAGUUUUGAUAAUUGGACAAAUAUUAUUGAACCACAUAUUUUUCAGGUAGAAUACUAGGCAACUCUGCGACUUAAAUUCAACCAGUAUUUUGUAUAAAGAAUUACUGUGAUAGGUGUGAGCUUUUUUGUGUGAUUCUUUGAUAUGAUGACCAGUACUUCUACGGUAGAGUACCAAAAACUUAGUAGCAGUACAAUGUUAUGGAAACCUUUGAUAAAUCAUGCUUAAGUUAUUUAUUAUUGUACAUUUAAAUGUAGAUGAUGUAGGGUUCCAUUUUAUCAUGUAACAAUAAAAAUUGUUGUUAAUCUUGAUGACUUCCCCCAGGCCUGGAGAGCUUUUCAUGAAAAACUUAGUCAUUGAUUGUCAGUGACUAAGUUGUUCCCAGCCAAUGAGAUGCAAGGGUUUACGGUAGCUUAUAAAAUCGUCAGUGAAAAUCACUGAUUAUUUGCUUUAUAAAAUACUCUCCUGGUGCAUUGUGGGUACCUAGGGAUUUAGUUAAGAGUUGAUGAACCGAGGCAGGUUUUAUAAUCCACCAGUAAAUAACUAUAUCCACCCCAAGAUCAUGGGAUCAAGUUUAAUCAAUAAUUUUAUUUUGUUUUUCUCCAGGAAACAUAUUUUAUGUACAUGUAGGUUAAGACAUUUAUUAUUUUGAUUGAAUACGAUCUUUAUCACUACUUUUUUCAUAUCUUUUAGUUACUUAAUAGCCAGGGUAAUGCGUUGUUGAAUUUACAUGUAGAACCACGCUUCACUGUUGUCUUAUUAGAUCAUACAUUUUAAUCUUCUGUUGAAAUUCUUGUGUGUGAUAGAAAGAUCUUAUGAAAAAAUGUUUUGUCUUAUGUUGUUGCAUAUGAAGAGUUUCUUUUGAGACAGGAAUAAAUCAUUUAUCGAGGGAAACCGAGAUGCCUGCCUGUAUUUAUAUAAAGAAAUUAUUAAUUUAAGUUUUGAAUGGAGGUUAAUUAUGCUCUUUUCUAACUUUGAAAAUGAAAAAAAAAAUAAUUGAUUUUCUUUCUUUUCAAGAAAAUGUGAGGAAGAACCACUAAGAAAGUUUAAAAUGUUGCAAAAAAGGAAAAAAAUUAAGUUGGCACAGAAUUUUGAUAAGGGGUUUGUCCUGUUUGGAGAAGAAACUCUUCAUAUCCACUUGUACGUGUCAUGUAAUCAAUUGUAUAGUGAUAUUUGAUGAUAUGAUGAUAAAAUGCGAGAACAAA